ACCAAAAGCAGAGGACAGCGCUCGCGGUUCGAACCUUCCGAUUUGUCAACCGGAAGACUAGAGCACAAAUUCUCAGAUUGACGCGAAGUAGCCGCUGAGCUACACCUCCACCAAGUGCACAUUCAGUUAAAGCUCUAUAAGAAGUUGCAUAAAGCAGUAUCAUUGUGGAACUAUUGCUUACAUCGCAAGUUUCGCCCGAAACGUCGCAUUGGCAACACGAAAUGGCGGCUUCCUUGCUUCAGUUGCUGCGAAUGCAGCCCCUCAAGUCAGUUAGCUGGGGUGUCCUGAGGAAUCCCUCGGUUGCCUCACUCUGCACUCGGACUGAGGAUCCUGCAAAAACAGCAAAAAAGGCAAAGACCGCAAGCAAGACAACAGAGGCUCCAGAUGAAAGAGCAACACUGCUAGCCUACAAAACUCCUGUUGCUUUUCCACUUAGAUUUUCAAAGCCAGAGGUUUUGCUAGCACAAUCUGCAGAUGUGGCUGACCAAGUAGCCAGCGUCACAGCCAAUGCAGAAACCGUAGUAGGUGCACCAGCCUCUACCUCAGAUUUGCCAGUCACAGCAAAUAACAAGUCUGCUGAUCCAGAUAGCACAUCCUCUUCAUCUAGUGAUAGUGAUUCAGAUUCAGAUUCUGAUUCUGAGGAUGAGAAGUCAGAAGAUGAAACUGAAAAGAAGAGCGUGCCACCAGACCAAUCAGAAUCAGCAGUGGAAAAAGAAGAUAAAGUCCGGAAGAUCACAAAAAAGCUCAGUUACACUCCAUUUUCUGUCUCCGAAGCUUUACCACAUGCACCUCCAGCAGCAACUUUAGCAACAACAGAAGCAGUUCAAGCGCCUGUGGAGGCACCCAGUGUUAGCUCUGAGGUUCGGAGACUCAAUACCCAAGACUCCGCUCAAGCUACAUCUACUGCUGUCCUUGAUGCCCAAACACAAACUCCAGCCAAAGCUGUGACUGAGCCUACAACUUCUGAAAAUACCCCAGCUGAUGUACCCAUUGAAACUACACAUACUGGCUUGGAUGUAGCAUCUGCAGAACACGAAGCCACCUUAGUUGCAUCUGCAGAACAUGAAGCCACCUCAAUUGAAGUGACUGCUGAGAACACAACUGAGAUUUGCACCCCUGUAGACAGUGCAGGAGAGCUGGUGGACCGUGCCCCAGUUCUAACUGAAGCUGUGGAGGAGAAGCUGCAGGCAGAGUUCCAAGCUGAACCAUCUCCGGAGGCUGCAGCAGUGCCACCUCCAGAGCCCGAGGAGCCUUUUGACAACAGCACUUAUAAAAACUACCAGCACCACAGCUACACCCCGUACACGUUUGUGGACCAGGAUGUGGAGAUGGCCAAGUUUCGUCUCCCUCAACCUUCCUCUGGCAGACCUUCCCCCAGACACUAGAGAAACUGACCUGGCCACAACUAUUACAGAUGCUGAUAGAUGAUGAUGGUGGUGUCCUUCUCUGCAUAUAAUCAUACCCACACUUGUCAAAGCUGCAUGAAAGUCAGCUGUUAAAAUGUCAUAUUAUAAAAAUACACUAAAAGAUGUAACGCCUG